CUUUUGAUAGUACCGAACUUUGUCACCUACCUCACGAGUCUCAUCAAGAAAAAGGCAGUAGCCUACAAAUCUUUCCCGACCACAAUCUUGGUACUUGUCUGAAAUGGAGAACCUCAUCGGUUUGCUUAGAAUUCAUGUCCAGAAAGGGGUGAAUCUUGCAAUCAGGGAUGUGAGAAGCAGUGACCCUUAUGUUAUUAUCAAGAUGGGCAGGCAGAAGCUGAAGACUCGUGUAGUGAAGAAGAACAUCAACCCAGAGUGGAAUGAAGAUCUGACUCUUUCUAUUGCAGAUCCAAGUGUUCCAAUCAAGCUUUUUGUGUACGACAAAGAUACAUUUAGUCUGGAUGAUAAAAUGGGGGAUGCUGAGUUUGAGAUCGGUCCAUUUGUUGAAGCCUUAAAGUGCCGGUUGGAAGGCCUUCCAAAUGGAACCAUAAUAACGAGAGUACAACCAGACAGGCAAAAUUGUCUUGCUGAAGAGAGUCGCAUUAUCUGGUCGGACGGCAGAGUUGUUCAAAAUAUUGUUCUCAGGCUACGAAAUGUGGAGAGUGGUGAGGUGGAACUCCAGUUGCAGUGGAUUGACAUUCCUGGCUCCCGGGGUUUGUAGAUCAAUCACGUCUGCUCUCUGUUAAUUAAGUUAUUGUGUGAGAAACAUUGUAAUAUAGAUGAUGUAAAUGACUGAACGGGAUUGCAGACGAGCCUCUCUAUAACUCCCAUUGAUCCUCUUGUCUGCAACCUCGUCUGGACGAGCCUUUCUAGUCUCGUCUGCAAUCCUGUUUGGACUAGAUUGUAGACGAGCCUCUCUUUUAUGAGUUAUCUAAUUCUACAAAAACUCAUACUUAUGGUAUUAUUAUUAAAUACAAAAAGAUCAAUUCUACCAAAUCUCUUGUGAUAAUUCUCAUUUGUAAUUAGUAU